AUGCCGAAGGAAGACACAACCAUCGCGGCGGCGUUUCCACCCCCGGGAGUUUCGCCAGAUUUUGCCCAUCCGCGAGAUGUGCUCCACACGGUCAACAUCGUGACGCAGGUCGUAUCCAUGGUUCUCAUUACGCCCCUUGUCGCCCUGCGCAUGUUUGUCAGGGUCUAUGCAUCGCCUCCGUUCCUUAAUGAGGAUUAUGUUUGCAUGGUGGCCUGGGUCCUUUCGAUGGCAUACAACAUCACAUCGCUACUAAGUAGGUUCACCCUUCCGGCCGUUGCUCAACCUGGAACCAAGCUCACAUUUCAUAAUUCGUUCAAAGUGUAUAAAUUUGGGGGUGGCUACCACCUUUGGGAAAUCGGUGACCAGGACUAUAGGGGCUUCCUCAAGGCAAGACCCCCCUCCUCACCCCUCGCCGCCUUCGUGGCCCUAUACGCCGACACGAUCAUCUACAGCCUCGCGACCUAUUUCACAAAGGUCGCGCUGCUCCUCGUCAUUGCCCGCGUCUUUAACGACUUUCGCAAAACCCAUUUUAUAACCAUUUUUUUCGUGGUCGCCAUGGUCUUUUACUACGUCCCGAUGCUGUUUCUCAAGAUCCACGUCUGCAGCCCCAUCAGCGACUUUUGGACGACCAACGUGCAGGACAGCAUCCCCAACUGCCUCGACCGAUUUUCCAUCUUUGUCGCCGACACCAUAAUCAGCAUCAUCACCGAUACCGCCGUGCUGGUCAUCCCCAUCCCCGCCGUUUUGCACCUGCGCAUCCCGAUGCGCGCCCGCUUUAAAGUGUGGAGCAUGCUGGGCCUCGGUGGCGUCGCCACGGGCGCGAGCAUUACCAGACUGGUCAUCUUGUUCAGGACGAUCCGACACUCGACUGACCAGACGGUGGACUUUGUGAGCUUUAAUCUGCUUGGUACCGCGGAAAUCAACAUUGGGCUCAUCUGCGCGUGUCUUCCUGCCGUCAACAUCCUUUUCAGCAGGGCCAGGCAGCACAGGCAGCUUCCAUUGGACUCCAACGGUCGGAAUACUUCCAUCAAGAGGCUCAGGUUCCUCCGAGGAAGCCGCCUGCAGACCGCGACAGAUAUGUCAGUAGGAAGGGACGAGGAAGCCAGGGCGGGCCAGGAACUCCAGGGCGACUGCUACGGUGGGACGGGGUCCUGCUUGGCUGCCGUGUCCAACACAUAUACCUAA